UAUAUGCGAUUUUGAUUGGAAAUGAUUUGCUGUUGUCUCUGUAUUUGUUAUCUGCAAUCGUUAGUUAAUGGAAAUAUAGGAAGCUGCUGUGGAAUUUGUGAUUGUUAUGUUGAAAUUUGUCACUAGGGUUUUGGUUGAGUUUAGUUCCAGUUUUAUGCGGUUGGUUCUUGCUAUUGGUUUUAUGUGAUUUUUAUUAGAAAGGAUUUGCUGUGGCUUUAUAUUUGUUUGGUGUAAUUGUUAGUUAAUGGAAAUGGAGGAAGCUGUGGUUAAAUUUGUGAUUGUUAUGUUGAAAUUUGUCAUUAGGGUUUGGUUGAGUUUAAUUCCGGUUUGAGACGGUUGGUUUUUGUUGUUGAUUUUAUGUGAUUUUGAUUGGAAAUGAUUUGCUGUCGUCUCUGUAUUGUUAGUUAAUGGAAAUAGAGGAAACUUUCUCUGAUUUGGGGUUUUCUGAAACGAUUGAAGUCUAUUGAUGGUUCAUGGUGAUUUUGUUCGAGGUGGUGUUUUUCAUCAUUGAUGCUGCAAAUAAUUUAAUAAGUUUGUUUCUGUUUUGCGUUCUUUUAUAAACCAUUUGGAAGUGUUAAUGAUGAUUUAAAGGUUGGAUUAAGAGUUUUAUAUUUAAGAUGUGUUCUUCAGAGUUGUUGCAAUGGAGAGAAUGCCCUUCCUUGUUCAAGUGUGAGACCUAGAAACGCUUUUCUCUUUCCAUCAAUUCUUAUCUCCAUAAGUGUGUAUGAUUGUAUUAGAGGGAAGCUAAGGUAAUCUUGGACGGCUAUGCCCAAACUUUGAAAUUUCCUUGUUCGUUAAUGUUUGAUAGGUUUAGGAUGUGUUUGGUUUUAAGAAAGUAUAGGGGAAAGGGAGGAAAAUAAUAAAGGAGUUGUUUCGGCUGAUGAAGAAAAGAAAAAAAAAAGGCAAAUUAAAAGAAAAGUAUUAAUAAACAGUAAAGGAUGAAGGAUUGUGGAGAAUUUAGUUGCGGCUCUUGUGGGUGACAAACAGGAUUUGUGAAAGUUUGUAGUGCUGGAAGUACCUACUAGUUGACAAUGAGUGAGAGCAAAGAAUAUGUUUACUGUAUGAUCUCUCUUAGACUCCGAGAAUAUAUGGUUGAAUGAACAUGCUUUUUGAAAUGUGAGGAUUCUUAAUGCAAGAGACCAUUGGAUCUUUAGUUAAAAGUAAAGUAGUGGUCAUGUUUAUCGCAUGAUUGGACUUUUUCAACCAGCACUUCAAAUAAGGUGAGCCCUUGUAGAGUGGUUUUCUUUAACUAAUGCAGUUGAAUUGUAUUGUUUUUUGGUGAUAUUGUUAUGGUUGAGAAUCAUAGUUUACUUGUUGGCUGAUCUUUAGUCGUUUGUUUAAGGAUCUGAUCUUGAGCUUGCUUUUGAUGUUUUUGAAUUGAAAUAUUUGGUGAUGCCUACAUUCCUGCAUCCAUUACUUGGAUGAUACUAAAGGAAAAAAGUGGAGAUAAUUGGGAAACCUACAUGAUUAAGAUAUGCAAAUCUUUUAAAGGAUAAGCCUAAGAAACCUUUAUCGUUUAAAGGAUAAGCCUAAGAAGCCUUUAUAUUGGGCUUUUACACAAGUAUGCUUGCGUUAAAUAUCAAUGUUUAGGAUCAUUUAAAGAUCUUCAUUGUUAUUAAAGUAGAAGAGGUUUAUGAAUGAUAAGUUGGUUUUUUGGUGAAAAAAGAUGUUAUUGUGUAGAAACGACAUGAGCACUAUUCUAUUGACAAGGAAAGGACCACUAUGCAUUGUCUACUUCUAAUCAUCUUUUCAGUAGUGAGAUGUGAAUUGCUACAGGCAUUUCUCUCAUGCUUUUUCUCUUGCUCCUGGGAAAUUUUACAGGUUCAUUGAUGACCUGAAGGUUUUUAUCUACAAAAAAUCAUUGGUUCUGGUUGGUUUUGUUGUUUUUAAUGGUCCCAGCAUUAGUUGUGCAUACAUGUGUGUGUUUGGAUUUAUGAUGACAGAAUCCCAUGUAUGUACUUUCCCUUAUCAACACAUUAAACUGAAAGGUCCUUUAUAGUCAUAUGAGUAAACAUCAAGAAACAUCAAUAUGGGAGCAUAAAAUUCUACUAUAGGUAAAUUGAAUUAUUGUCUUUCGUAAUUAUUAAAAUGUUUAAGUUGAGGUUCAUCCAUUUCUAAAAUCACUAUUAUAGUAUGGGGGUGGGUUUUUUUUUUAAUAAAAGAAAACGUGCAGGUUUUUCUUCAUUUUUGAAAAAUUACUCCACAUCCUCUCUCUUUGGUUAAUUUUAUACCAAAUAAAAUUGGUGAAGUGGGGGUACUGGUUCUCCCCUUAUUUCUCCAAGUGAACAACCAAAUUUGAUUGAUUGCAAGUGCCUUUUGAUUCUAAACACUACAAACAUAUCUAAGGUAUAUAAAUAUUGAAUGUGCAACAAUUUGAUGUGAUGAUAAUUAGACAGUUGUGUUUUGUUUUUAAGUUUUCUUUAAAUUUAUGUUUUGAACCAUUAAGAUAUUUUUAUCCUUUUGGAAUUAUAUUCAGAAAUUUGGAUGGGUUAGAGCUCUUAGUUGAAGUCCUAUGUAAUGUUCUCUAUUCAUAAUUUUAUUCAUGGAGAGAGAAUUAUUUUAUUUCUUUUUUCUCAGUUGUUGGUGAGUUGUUGCCAAUAUACCCUUCUUUGGUGAAUCACAUUAUCAUGCAAACCCUUUGCCCCUUAUAUCAGUUCCUAUAUUUACUGGUGUGUGGUUAUGAUAUGGUUAAUGAAACAAGGUUUAUCUUUCUGUAUGCUUCCUUUUGCUUCUUUUAUACUUUGACUUGUUAUGUUUAAAAUUUUUCCUUUCUACACUUAACGUUCUCCUUUUGAUGGUCAUCUUAUUUUGUAUUUAAUUUCAUGAAUCAGCAUUUUCUUUUAUAGGAUGAAGAAUCUUGUUGAUUGGGUUUCCAGCCAAUUAAUGUCGAAGUUUUUAGUUUCUGCAAGGUCUUUUAACUCUUAUGAUGAGGACCUCUUAUGUGAAGAGCCUAAUGAUCAAGGUGCAAGAAAUACCACCAAUGAGAUAUCUACCACUGCCCCUGCUACCAAUGACACUCAGCUGACAGAAUCUUCAGAAUCAGAGCUUGUUGUGCCAGACAUUUCCAACGCUGAGGCACUUCAAAUCAAGCUUCUUCGGUUUGUCCAACGGAUUGGACAAUCACCAAAUAACCUUGUAGUAGCACAAACUUUCUACAGAUUGCAUCUUGCAAACUUGAUACAAAGUGCUGAAUGUGGUGUGCAAAGAAAAGUCCUGACGUUUGAUCAAGUCAAGGCAAUAGCAGCACGGCAGGAGGAGAGUGGUCAGCCAGAUUUGCUCUUCUCUGUCAAGAUACUUGUCCUAGGGAAAACAGGUGUAGGCAAGAGUGCAACCAUAAAUUCCCUUUUUGAUGAAACAAGAUCAGUAACAAAUGCAUUCCGGCGAGGCACCGAUGAAAUUCAGGAGAUUGUGGGAACUAUUAAGGGGAUCAAAUUUACAGUAAUCGAUACCCCUGGUCUGUCACCAUUCAACGGUAACCCACGAAGAAACAGGAAAAUCCUGAUGGCAGUGAAAAAAUUUAUCAGAAAAUCGCCCCCUGAUGUUGUUCUCUAUUUUGAACGGCUCAAUUUCAUUACUGGGGGCUACGGUGAUUACUCUCUGCUAAAGCUUAUAACUGAGGUUUUUGGCUCAUCAAUGUGGUUCAAUACCAUUCUUGUAAUGACACAUGCUUCAUCACCUCCUCCAGAACCUGACGGAUAUCCCAUGAGCUACGAAGGGUAUGUUGGCCGUUCGAAAAACAUAGUUCAACAUUUCAUACACCAGGCAAUGUCCAGCGAAAAGCUUGUGAAUCCUGUCGUCUAUGUUGAGAACCAUCAGUUCUGUGAAACAAACGCCAAAGGUGAAAAAAUUCUUCCAAAUGGUCUGGCUUGGAAAUCCCAGUUACUGCUGUUAUGCAUUACUUCCAAGAUUUUGGUGGAUGCAAACUCCCUCUUGAAAUUCCAGGACAGUUUUCAGUUGUCACAAACUGGAGGCGCACUUCUCUCGCUGCCUCAUUUCCUCUCGUCAUUUCUUCAGCGCCAUCCACUGUCAAACUCUAAUGGCAUUGAAGAUGAUGAUUUCACCAAUUUUCUCGACCAAGAAGAUGAGGAUGACUAUGAUCAAUUACCGCCAAUCCGGAUUCUCACAAAAGCCCAAUUCAAUAAGUUGUCGAAAGCUCAGAAGGAUGCUUAUCUUGAGGAGUUAAAUUACAGAGAGGAUCUAUAUCUGAGAAAGCAAUGGAAAGCCAUGGCUAGGCAGCAUAAAGAAACCAUGCUCCGUAAGAAGAACAAUGAUACCAUACAAAAAAAUGACCAUGAUGAUGACAAUGAUGCAUCUCUUGUAGAGGCUUAUGAAAUUGAAGAUGCAACUAUUCCAUUGAGUUUUGACUCUGAUUCUCCUGUAUAUAGAUACCGUUUCUGUGUGAUUGGUAACGAGCAGUGGGUAAUAAAGCCUGUUUGUGAUUCGCAAGGCUGGGAUCAUGAUAUUGGGUAUGACGGAGUUUACUGGGAUGGAUCUAUACACAUCAAAAGCAAUUUUCAAGCUACAUUUGCUGGACAGAUGAACAAGGAGAAGGAUGAUUUCCGUAUUAACUCUGAAUGCACAGCAAAGUUCAAACAUCCCAAUGGCGCAACCAUGCUCGCGGGCAUUGACAUUCAACCCUUCAGUAAAGAUCUACUCUGCACUAUUCGCGGAGACUUAGAAUUCAAGAACUUUUGCUGUAACAAGACCGGCGGCAGCUUCGCUGUUUCUUCACUAGGAAAAACAUACUUCACCAGAGCCAAGCUCGAGGAUUCGAUUUCGAUAGGGAGAAGACUCAAAGUACGAAUGGACGCCGGAUGUGCUCGAGGUUACGGUCAAAUGGCAUAUGGUGGGACUUUGGAAGCAACAAUAAGAGGGAAAGACUACCCUGUAAACGAUGAUAAGGUAACUAUUGCAACCACAUUGUUAUCAUUUGACAAUGAAACAGUGAUUGGAGGGAGUGUUCAAUCUGAUUUUCAAAUUUGGCGGGGAACAAAACACUGUUUGAAUGCCAGCAUCAACAGUAAAGGACCAAUGCAGAUUAGUUUCAAGACAAGUAGUUCAAAGCAUGUUCAGAUUGCACUUCUUGCUCUUGUUACUUUGUUUCAAGGACUCUUCAUGAGAAGAUUAAGAUGAGCUGAUCAUUGUUGACAGAAAAAUAGAAACAAAAUGCGGUAAUUUUUCUUUCUUUUUUCCUUUUUGUUUUGCUUUAAUUAUUGAUCAUAUAGAUAAAAACUUGUGUUUAAUAUGUUCCAGGCAAAUAAUUGUACAUAAAUUUGAGAGGAUCUAUUCAAUAUAACAGUGAAUUUAGAGAUGAUCCCUUGACAUAAAUUGUUUCAGAAU